AUGGCUCCCGUUCCACCAUCCGGGAAUUUCCCCGGCAUUCUAGCAGUGGAACUUGAUACUCGUGCUGCGGAAAAUGUCAACCCCGUGGCUGCUUCACCCGCUAUCGACCUCAAUACCUUUGCCGCCCGAUCAGACGCCGAGUCCACAUCGGCCUCCACCAAACAUCCCUCUGGGGCGGGGACCAUCAGCCCUAAUAGCAUCAACAUGCAAGGCAUCUUCGCACUGUUUGCCAUCAUCGGCGCUUUCUUUGUCCUUGGAUCUAUUUGGUUCUUUUUCUGGGCAAAGAACGGUAGCUUUGUCUGGCGUAAAGGCGACUGGGAUGAAUACAAGUCGACCGUUCUUCGACGCAAAGGCCCAGAUGGGCGGACGCUCAGUAAUGCGACCAAGAGCACUAAGCUCGGUGGUGGCAGCGUUGUGGGCAGAGGCUACAGCGAUGAUGGAUACACUUACACUGGGUACACGGAAACGGCGACGACCGUCACCGAAGAGAAGCCCAAGCGGAAGAACAAGUUCAGACAAACUGCCAAGGAGAAAUUGCUGCGACGACGCAAAGAUGAGCGCUGGGAAGGCGAAGGCGACCACGAUGUGCGCGCAUAUCGUGAGGAAAAGCCUGCUCGGAUCGGUGGCAUGAAUCGCGAAGCAGACGGCACCUAUCACGGCAGUGACUACGACAGCUCGGCGGUGCCGACAAAUAGCGAGAUGAGUGAAGCUCGCUAUGAGCCUCGACGGGGACAACGCAACCGCAACACAUCUGGAUUCUCCUUCACUGCCGGCAACGAAGAGGUUCUCAGCCAGACGACUGAGGAGCAGCCGCUCCGGGACCCGUCUGCGCGCCGCCAGAACCGCCGCCGUGAUCGUCGCAGCCAAGCCGAUCCACCCUCUGUUCCCUCGUCCCGCACAAGCAGCCCGCGCAAGCGUGACCGCCGGUCCAUGCCCGGCAAGUUCACCGAGCCCCUCGACCUUUCUUCCGCCGGCUCGCGCUCAGAAUACCAGUACUCGAACGUCGACACCGAGGAUUCGGGUACCAAGAGCUAUCACCACCCGAUCCCAGGCUUGACGAAGGGAUACCGUCGUGACGGACGGAGUCGCCGUCGCGAUAGCUUGAGUGACAGCGAGGGCGAUGAGACUCGGUACUCAUAA